CUGGUUACAAUUUUUUUAAUUUAAAAGUAGAUUCAAAACUAGGAAUCAAUGCGAUCAUCAGUUAGUGCCAUUCUGUCGACUCCAACACAAGACCCAAACAUGUCUCACCCAGACUAUGAAAUGACUGUUUAUGAUCAUGGUACUCUACUCAUAUUGGUGAAACACCUGGGUGAAGAAUUAUCAUCAAAAAACUUCAAUCGUUUAUUUGAACGUAUUAGUCGUAUCAAUCAAUUACGCGUUGUGGAUGGAACCGGUACAGAACGGUGUGUUCAAGCUAGAUAUAUUAAAGACUAUCCAGUUGGUAAUAAUGACUGGGGUGAUUUUCAAACUCACAGACGUCUAUUAGGUCUUAUUACUAUUUCCAAAUGUAAGCUUCAAAUUGAGCUAAAUGAAAUAUGUAGAUUACAUGAGACUUUAAAAGUUAAGUAUCAGAGUACCUUAUUUGAUUCGCGGUGUAUUAUAUUUGGUGUAAAUGCUUCAAAUUGUCCAGAACUAAGUACACCAUCAAAUUUUAAAUCAAGAGAUGUAUAUUAUGCUAGUGAAGGUGAUCCUAAUCCUUCAAUUGAAAUGCAUUUAAACGAAUUUUUAUCGUCUUUGUUUUGGGUAUUAGAUGCUAAGCGUCUGGAAAAAUCAAAAGAAAAAUUGGAUAAAGCUACCUUGCUAAUUGCUCCAUUUGAAAAACGUAAUAUAAUUGGUUUGGAUAUGGAGUCCAGAGCAAAUAAAAAACGAUGCAUGGGACGUAUAACUAAACAUUUGGCUGACCUGAACUUACAAACUGGUUUUUUACAUGAUGCUCUUAAUUUUUACCAAACUGCCAUAGAUACACUUCGAUCUUGUAAUGAUUGGCUUUGGUUAGGAGGUUGUUUGGAAGGAUUAUGUGCAACAUCUUUGAUGAUAUUAGAACCUCAAAAUCAAUUAACUAAAUCUAACUUUCAAAGAAAUGCUUCACUUCAAGAACGUCAUUCAAGAUUCAAAUUCAGACCCAUAUCUACUAAUUCUGGAUUUGCAUCAUUAGAUGAUAAUGCCAUUAGAUCAACAAUGCCUCAGAAUUUGCUUAAUAUUGAUGAUAUUUAUAAAAAUUAUGGAGAAGGUCUUAAGCAUUAUAGUAAGUAUAUAAAUGCUGGAGUUAUUUUAACUGAAGGAAGUCUGAAAGCUGCUCGAAUAGCAGUUGUUCAUCAUCAUUUUAUACAUGUUCAUUAUUUUUUACAAAAUGUAUUGCCUAUAAACUUAACUUUGACUGACGAGGAAAAAAUACAACGCCUAAUGAAAUUGGCUGAAUUAUAUUCAGAAAUUGGUUUUCAUCGAAAAGCAUCUUUUUUUCGAUGGUUGGCUUCUAAACGAUAUGUUUCUGCUAGUAAUCCACACACGUCCUGGGAACAAUGCUAUCAGCUAUUACUGCAAAUGUUGCCGGGACAUAAAUUAUCUUUGGAUCCAAAUGACUAUGUACCAGGAGGUCAAAUUGGAUGGCCUGAAUUACAACGGCAAGUAGUUAAUGAAAUAGUAUUAGCUGCAAAGAGAGUUGGAAAUGCUAGUUUAGCUACUAGGCAUUGUACAUUUUUACUACAAACUAUGUGGUGGAUGAUGGAAAAAAUAGAGAGAAGUGCUUAUGCGACUCAAUUGUCUGUAUUGUCAGCCCAGUGUGAAGGAUCUCCUGUUCCUCUUGUUUUAGAUAAUGGACUUGUAAUACCACCAGCAAAUCUUUUAAAUAUUCCACAACCUGAGAAUUUUUCUGUUCAAAAUUUGAAAAUGCACUUGAGACCACAUAAAUUGGUAAAAGUCAAGGAAGAUUUUGGUCCAUUUUUAUUUACACCAUUAAAGUUUGGAUCCAUGGAAAAGAAUAAAAUAAAAAGUAAUAAAAUGGAAUAUGUUUGGGUUAUAAAUGAACCAUGUGAAGUUAUACUUGAACUUAGUAAUCCAUUGAACUUUGAAUUAGAAGUAACAAACAUUCUUCUAUUAACUAGUGGUGCUGUUUUUGAAAGUAUUCCAUAUUCUAUUAACUUACCACCUGAAAGUUGUUAUCAGAAUGUAGUGUUAACUGGUAUACCUAAAGAAGUUGGUGAAAUUGAAAUAAAUGGAUAUUCAACCCAUACAUUAGGAGUUAAAUCUAAUUGUCGUCUUAAAAAUAUUCCCAGUGUACCACAAUCUACAUACAAUGUUCAAGUUAUUCCUUCAAUGCCUUCUAUUGAAGCAUUAAUUUUAGACUCAAAAAAUGAAAAUAUUUCUUCAAUUACAUUAUUUGCUGGUGAAAGUAUGGAUUAUAAACUAAAAAUAACAAAUGUAGGCUCAAUUCCAAUCAAUCUAUUAGAAGUAUCAAUUGAGUCAACUAUUGAACAAUCAUUAAAAAAUAGCAUCAUUCAAGUUGACCAAGAAAAUAUUCAAGAUUAUUUACCAAUUUUUCCUAAUUCAGAAAUUGUAUUGAAUGUUCAUUUAACUGGAGCAUUAAAUUUUCUUUCCAACAAUCAAUAUCCACUUGCAGAAUUUAAUAGUUUGAAAAGUAGUUUAACUACAUCAGGUCCAAGUUCAUAUCCAUCAUUACCUAGUCCUAGACAAAAAAAUGAAAGAUUUUCUCCAAUGACUGCUUCUUCAUUUAGAUCAGGGGAAAGUAGCUUGAACUCAAAUUGUUCCAGAUAUAGAAGCCCAACUGAUAUUACUUCUUUAAAAAUUAUUGAGUUUAAUGUUAAAGUAAAAUAUGCUGGUGGUGAAGGUAUGGCUGCUGGUUAUUGCAGAAUAAUUUCAUGUUUAUUAUCUGUAAAUAUUUUCAAUUCUGUGCUAAUAACUGGAUGGGAUGUCCUACAAGCAGAAACAGGUUCUCAAUUUUAUUUGGUACUUGAUAUUGUUAAUGUUACUAACCAAGAAAUGGAACUUAAAUAUGCUACAAAUAAAAGUAUAUUAAUGGAGGAAAAAGAAUCUUACCGAAUUCCAGUACCCGUUGAAAGAUUUUUAAUUCAUAGUUUAGAACAGGUUAGUAAUGGUGAAGAAGGUCAAGCUGAGAUGGUAUCACAAUGUAAUAAACAUAUAGCUGAACAAGUUCUAUUAAAGUGGUCCGUUAACUUAUGUGAUGACUUGCCUCCCAGAUGGGGUGUUGCAAAAUUGCAUGGUCUCACGUUGUGUCCUCAGAUGUUAGAUAUUGUUUGCACGUCACCUAUUUACUGGGAGAUUAAUUUAAACGAAGAAAAAAUCGUCAGUGAGUGUGAUGAAAAACCAUCAUCAGAAACAUCUCAAUUUCCUGUUGGUCAGCAAUUAAAGUUUCAAAUUUGGGUGCAUAAUUCUUUAAUGUCUCCUUUGGAUGAUGUAACUCUGGAAUUGAAUUUUUACCAAGACUAUCUAAAUGGAACUAUAAACAAUCAAUUAGGAAAUAGAUUAGCUACUACAGGGUCAACUAAGACACAUAAAGCUAGAGUGAAUGAACAAGAUAGGUUAUAUCAUGAAUGUGGAGUAGUAUUUUUUUAUCCAGGUCAAUAUAAGUUGAAUUUACAAUGUCAAACAUUAAAGCAACAUGUAUGGAAAUUAAUACCUCCAUUACAGUUAGAUAUCACAUCUGAAUAAAUAUUAAUAAUCCUGAAUAAUGUUAGCAUAAAAAGAAUAUCAGUAUAUUAUAUGAAGGCAAAUAAAAAAUAACAUUAUUUUUAAGAGCUUUUCAA